AUGGUGCAGAAGAUGAUCUUCGACCAGAUUAUGGCGCAGCUGAGUACUUCAGGCGGGGACAACAAGCUCGGAAUGGUGUGGGAGACGUACAAUCUCUUCGACAUGAACGAAGAUUCGUUCGUCAACAUUUCGGAGAUGGAGGCGGUGGCGGAACUGUAUUCCAUCUCCCAGCUCCAGGGUAGCACGGCGUCGUCGCUCGUCCUCAAGUACGACGAGAACGGCGACGGGCAGCUGUGUCAGGGCGAAUUCUGGAACAUGGUCGAUGACUCUCAGGUCGACAUGUCUGUCCUUCUGAGAACGUACGCCGACAAGCUCUCGACCAUCGCGGGCAACAUUGGAUCUGCGUACAUGCGCUGUGAGGUCAGCGAGCAGGUCGUGAACUAUUUGAAGCUCGUCUGCGCGAAGAAUAUGACCAAGGUCGGCUGGGUGUCGAAUGCGCUGACCAACAAGAGUCUGCCGACCGCGUUCACCGCGGACAUCUUGGUGGAGCUCGCGGAUCAGAAGUUUGACGAGAACGUCUACACCACCACGGACACCUCUUUGACGGUGAUUACUGAAAUGAUCUCGCUGGAGCCGGAGUAUGUCAUGGAGUGUUUUCGGAUGGUGCAGGGUGCAGAUUUCUGGGACGAGGAGGGUUGGGAUAGCUACUACCAGCCGACGUGGGUAGGAUAUCUAGUUGACUGGUUUGUGCUGGCAUUUGAAUCGCUUGGGAUCACAGACAUUGACAUCACGGAUUACAUUUACGAUAAUUUUACAGACGCCGCAGUGUAUCAUAGGACCAAAGAUGAGCUUGUGAAUUCAGAGGACUCUACGGCCACUAUUCCUUCAAACUUGAUGAGUCUUAGUGACGAGGAGGCGAGGUCAUUGCCCAAGCGGGCCCGGUACAUCAGGUCCUACGCUCAGUUUGUCCAGCUGAUCAGGGGAAACGCCCAGUCUCUCCUCCAGGUUAGAGACAGCAGCAAUCUCUCGAUGCAGUCGAUGUCGCUUUCUGAGCUGGCGAGGCAGACCACGAAGCACACGCUGAAGCGCCACAAAGCAACGUCACAUCGCAGGCAGAAGAGGGCAGCGAUCAUGGAGCGCUACUCCUCUGGCGGCGCCUCGAGGCUGAAGCACCGCCUGCUUGGCGGCGUGGCGGCGUCGAGCUCGACGACUGACCCGACGCUGGACCAGACCGUGAACUCGGGUGUGCCGGCGCACCCGGAGACUCUCCUCUUCGCAGCGUACCUUGAGAGCAAUGCGUCGGGCACCGCAGACCGGCUGCAGUCGAUGUGCUUCCAGUGGUCGCAGGAGUCGAGCAGCACGCUGAAUUCCUUUGCAAACAAGGUGUCGGUCAUGGCGGAUGGCAUCGUCACCGUCGUCGAGCUAAUGUACGACUACGCCACGGAGGAGGGGAUAGCGACCAUCGAAGAACAAAUGGCCAACUUCACCGAGUCCGCAGCUACGGACAUGAUCGAAGGCAUCAUGGAGUACAUCAACGACAAGCUCGAGAGUAUUGUCGAGCAGGCGGACGACCAGGCGCUCGACUCCCUCAGCCUGCUCGACGCCGGUAUGGCGUCGCACAUCCGCAGCGUCAACAAGGCUCACCGCACCGCCCGCCGAACGUCGAAGGAAAAGGUUAAAGUUCAGCUUUCUACGACCUGGACCUCUCUGGUCACCCUCCUGGACGCGAUACAGCUUCAGAUUCCUGGAGUCGUGACAGACAUGACGUCGGCACGCACGGAGGUAUCCUCUGUGGCCUCCAAUCUCAUCUCCAUCUUCACCACUUUCGAGGACGUGGGCCCCGACAUUUUGACCACGAUUUCUACCCUCUACAAAGAGCUCUGGAUCUUCUACUGGGUUCUUUGGAUGGUUCUGACGACGAGUACCCUCUUCUACGGCCUGUGGGCAUGUGGAUGGUUUGGAGGUCCCAAGAGUACGGACGAGGCCCUGGAGUACCAGCCACCGCGGACCUUCCGCGAGCGCUGCUGGGUCUGCUGCGACAGCUGUAUGAGUUGCUGCAGGUCCUGCCACGACAGCCACAUAGUUUUCUGGUCUGUGAUACUGAUUGUUCAGGUAAUCGUUUUGAUUCUGUUCAUAGUGUCCAUCCUCCUCUGCUUCCUGGCCGGUGUCCAGGCCUUCCUCAGCGCGGGGUGCACCGAGAUAUACAUGCUAACUGACAACACGGUUUGCACUGGAAUCCUCACAGGCAUCCAGGACUUCUUGUCAUCGUUUUGGGCGACCAGCUCUAUCGAUAUCAACGACGCCUGCGAGUCCACCGAGCUGCUGACCUGUUCCCUCAUCUCCGACGACCUGACGCAGUCGAUGUACACCACCACGAUCGGCAGCAUGCUCGCCGCGCUGAUCACCUUCCAGCUGCUGAUAGAGUCGGCAAUGAUGCACGAGAGGGCCAGAUUUACUCUCAUGUACAAGGAUGAGGUGAGGCAGAUACGGGGCACGUGA